CGAAGUUUACAACUAACAAAAUGAAUGCGAAUCAUGAAGAGCCACCGGUACUUCUAUCGAAAAACACCAAAAGGACCUUACUCAUGCGAAACGCCAUCAACCAAGAGACUCUUAAGAAACAGUCUCGUCUCCUAGAGAAAGAGAAAAGUUCAGAGGAAAGGUUAUUUCUAAAGAAAAAGGAACAUCUUUUACAACGUCAGGUGACAAGGGGCUUAGAAACCAGUCAAAAUCGACCUUCUUCUUCUCGCAGCUUAAACUUGGAGAACUCAGUUACGAAAUGGAAAAAGGCAACAGCUUUGUCUAAAGAAUGUUCUCAAUCUCAUAUGCCGAAAAAAAUAGAGGUCAAUCUAACACCUAUGUCUUCUGGGAAGUUGGAAAACGCGCUGAACAAAUGGAAAAACGAAACCGCUUCAGCAAGAGAAUCAACUCAAUCUCCUAAGCCAAGGAGGAAAGAAAUUGUUGGAAGUAACCGGCAAAGGCGUUUGCUUUCCGCACUCUCUUUGCAGUCCGAUGAGGACGAAAUAGAGCCAGUUCCCCUCAGGUCUAGAAGUAAAACAUUCUCAACUUUUAGUUCUACAGUUCCUCUUCCUGACAUACACGCCACGUCCAACGGAAUAACAGGACUGAAGAAAUACAAUGACACACAGCUGCCAGAUAGUUUGGAAAUUUGUCAAGAAGAUGAUUGGAAACCUUUGAGAGAGUGUCGAUAUUUGCGCACCAGUUCAGGAGAGGAAGAGCUCUGUGGUAUUUAGAAUCAACGCUUAACUACAGAAUAGAGUAAGAAUUGAAAAAGAAACAUCCAUACAACGAAAUUGAGCAUAUUGAAUUCACCAUUGAUUUAGCUUUGGUCAGUUGAUAAAACAUCAAUGCCAGUCUGACUAUUUCAGAAAGAAUCAAAUGAGUCUUAAUUUCGGUUCUUAAUGUGCUAAAUAUUGAACUCCAUGUUUUUGACAUUCAAUAUCAGGUAACUAGCCAUAGAAGGGAGACUUUUAAAUAUCUAUUCCUUCUAGAAAGUGAAUUGAGAUUCUUUGGCUCGCGUGAGUUGUUCAUGGAGCUCCAAGUUCGUCCUUUUUGUACGUAAGAACAAUGUAUUUUUAAUCAAUUAAUGCUAAUGGUGAUUCGUCGCCUAACGAGCUAAGAAACACUCCAAGAGGUCUGGUUGGGGAGGCAAAAGUUUAAUGACGAUCAUUUGUCUCAAACGAUUGAAUUUUAUAUUGUUGAAUAACACAAUUGCUUUGUUUGUCAGAGAAUGGAACGAUAUUAAUCCACUGGCUUUACAUGCAAAUUUGAACGACUUCUAUCGGUCAAUUAAUCGGCCAGGUCUUUCUCUAAAUCGAAAAUAUGGGAAAUAAUAAUCCGCCCUUAAACUUUAGUUCUAGUGACUGAAAUUUUUCUC